AAGAGCUCAUAUACAUUCUAAAAUUUGUAAUGUUCUCUUAAAAUUAUAUUUUGAAAGAUAAUGGAAGGUUAAUGGAAGAGUAUAGGGCCAUUCACCUCGUGAGGAGGUUAAUGGAAGAGUAUAGGGCUAAGAAGAAUGACCUUCAUAUGGUGUUUAUUGAUCUUGAGAAGGCGUACGAUAGGGUGCCAAGGGACAAGACUGAAUACAUGGAAUGUCGUUUCAGCGGCCGGGAAACAGAAUCAGAAGUGGAAGUUAGGAUUGACUCUCACGUAGUACCUAAGGUAGGCAGGUUCCGUUAUCUUGGCUCGGUAAUCCAGGCGGAUGGGGAGUUGGACGAGGAUGUUGGACAUCGUGUUGGAGUGGCUUGGGCCAAAUGGCGGUUGGCCUCAGGGGUGUUGUGUGACCCGAAGAUUUCACCCAGGAUGAAAGGUAAGUUCUACCGAUCCGUAGUCAGACCUGCUAUGUUAUACGGGGCAGAGUGUUGGGCGGUUAAGAAGACUCAUGUGCGUCGUCUGCAUGCGGCGGAGAUGCGGAUGUUACGAUGGAAGUGUGGGAAGACAAGGUUGGAUAGGAUUUCGAACGAAGUUAUUCGACGUCAGGUAGGCAUGGCGCCGGUGGAAGAUAAGUUGCGGGAAGCGAGGUUGAGAUGGUUUGGGCAUGUGAGACGACGGGAUGCUGAUGCCCAUGUACGGAGGUGCGAGAGGAUCACGGUUAUCGGGGGAAGUAGGGGAAGGGGUAGACCUAGGAAGAAUUGGAAGGAGGUGAUUAGGCAGGAUUUAGGACUUCUCACCCAGACUGAGGAUAUGGCUUUAGAUAGGAACUUUUGGCGGACUAUGAUUAAAGUAACUGGUUAGGAGCUCGGUGCUGCAGAGAUUUUUUGUAGUGUGUUGUGUUUGAUUGGAAUCUUCUACUUUUGCUUGCUAGACUUUCAUUUC